GAUAGCCCCGCCCACAAUACAGGAAGUAGAAGGGUAGUGAGAUAACAUUUCAUUUGUUUUGGUUUUUUUUAUAAUAAAGGGCGUAUUAUUUUUUUCACAUGGUAGUGGCCUUGUUAAGUAUGUUUAGGUGUGUUAGGUGUUACAGGAGGAGAAUAAAUGUGUGAGUGUUUGUGUGUUAGCUAAGUGUGUGUAUGCUAGCUCCCUGGGCAGCAACAUGGCGUGAUAAGAGCUCCAUCAUCAGCAUGGCGGAGUGAAUGAGGAACAUUUCUGUCUGAGAGAAACGAUCGGUGAAUGCUGCAUGCUGGAAUUGGUCAGGGUGAGCAAUAGUGAGCAAUAGUGAGCAAGUCGUCUGGGUUUGGCAGGUUACUGAGCAAGGGGCUGGGGCUUGUGUUCAGACUGGAUGUCAUGGUUUCUCUCUGGAGCCAUGUCCUGUAAAUCGAAAGUAGCUCCCAGUGUGGAUUUUGACCACAGCUGCUCGGACAGUGUGGAAUAUCUCACCCUCAACUUCGGGCCUUUUGAGACAGUCCAUCGCUGGAGAAGGCUUCCUCCUUGUGAUGAGUUUGUGGGGGCGAGGCGCAGCAAGCACACCGUUGUAGCCUACAGAGAUGCCAUCUACGUGUUCGGAGGUGAUAAUGGAAAGAACAUGCUUAAUGACCUGCUGCGCUUCGACGUGAAGGACUGCUCGUGGUGUCGGGCGUUUACCACUGGGACUCCUCCUGCCCCCCGGUACCACCACUCCGCUGUAGUGUAUGGCAGUAGCAUGUUUGUGUUUGGUGGCUAUACAGGGGAUAUUUAUUCCAACUCUAACCUGAAAAACAAAAACGAUCUGUUCGAAUACAAGUUCGCCACGGGCCAGUGGACGGAGUGGAAGGUGGAAGGAAGGUUAGUUGCUCGCUCCGCUCACGGGGCCACUGUGUACAACGAUAAGCUGUGGAUUUUCGCUGGUUAUGAUGGAAAUGCACGGCUGAAUGACAUGUGGACGAUCAGACUUCAGGAUCGGGAGCAGGCGUGCUGGGAAGAGAUUGAGCAGAGCGGAGAGAUCCCCCCAUCCUGCUGUAAUUUCCCGGUAGCCGUGUGCCGGGACAAGAUGUUCGUCUUCUCGGGCCAGAGUGGGGCCAAAAUCACCAACAACCUUUUCCAGUUCGAGUUUAAAGGUCACAUAUGGACCCGUAUCCCAACCGAGCAUUUACUCAGAGGUUCCCCGCCACCUCCGCAAAGACGCUACGGCCACACCAUGGUUGCGUUCGAUCGCCACCUCUAUGUCUUCGGGGGAGCAGCAGAUAACACCCUUCCCAACGAGCUGCACUGCUACGAUGUGGAUUCUCAAACCUGGGAGGUGAUUCAGCCCAGUACUGACAGUGAGAUGCCGAGCGGGAGGCUGUUCCACGCAGCAGCGGUGAUCCAUGACGCCAUGUACAUUUUUGGCGGAACGGUGGACAACAACGUUCGCAGUGGAGAGAUGUACAGAUUUCAGUUCUCCUGUUAUCCGAAAUGCACUCUUCAUGAAGACUACGGAAAGCUGUGGGAAAACAGGCAGUUCUGCGACGUGGAGUUUAUCCUCGGAGAGAGAGAGGAGAGGGUUCUGGGCCAUAUCGCCAUAGUAACAGCACGUUGUCAGUGGCUGCGGAAGAAGAUUCUUCAGGCCAGAGAUCGACAGAAACAAAGGAGUAAACACGAGGCCUGUGAGGAGAGCGAGGAGUCUGGAGCCGGCAGACAGAAGGACGGCUCCAGCACUAUAAGGGCACCUAUGUUAGAGGUGUCCAUCAGAGAGGCGGAGGCUCAGCCGUUCGAGGUGCUGAUGCAAUUCCUGUACACGGACAAAAUCCAGUACCCACGCAGAGGUCACGUUCAAGAUGUCCUGUUGAUCAUGGACGUAUAUAAACUCGCACUGAGUUUCAAGCUUUCGCGGCUGGAGCAGCUGUGCGUGCAGUACAUCGAGGCCUCUGUUGACCUGCAGAACGUUCUAGUGUGUGAGAAUGCAAACAAACUGCAGCUCGACCAGCUCAAGGAGCAUUGCCUCAACUUUGUGGUGAAGGAGACCCACUUUAAUCAGGUGAUUAUGACUAAGGAGUUUGAGCACCUUUCCACUCCUUUGAUCGUGGAGAUCGUGAGACGCAAACAGCAGCCACCUCCCAGAGUCUACUCGGACCAACCAGUUGAUAUAGGUACGUCUCUGGUACAGGACAUGAAGGCUUACCUGGAAGGGGCGGGGCUGGAAUUCUGUGACAUCAUCCUGCUGUUGGACGGACAUCCUCGGCCUGCACAUAAAGCCAUUCUGGCGGCUCGCUCCAGCUAUUUCGAAGCGAUGUUCCGCUCUUUCAUGCCCGAGGAUGGCCAGGUGAACAUCUCCAUAGGAGAAAUGGUGCCGAGCAAACAGGCCUUCGAGUCCAUGCUGCGCUACAUUUACUACGGAGACGUCAACAUGCCUCCAGAGGAUUCGCUCUACUUGUUUUCCGCUCCGUAUUAUUACGGCUUCUCGAACAAUCGGCUGCAGGCUUACUGCAAGCAGAACCUGGAGAUGAACGUAACUGUAGAGAAUGUCUUGCAGAUACUCGAGGCAGCGGAUAAAACUCAGGCUCUGGACAUGAAGAAGCACUGCCUGCAUAUUAUAGUGCACCAGUUUAUCAAGGUGUCCAAGCUCCCCAACCUGCGAUCGCUCAGCCAGCCGCUGCUGUUGGACAUCAUAGAGUCUCUGGCAUCACACAUAUCAGAUAAACAGUGUGCCGAGAUGAGCUCUGAUAUAUAGGCAUGUCUCCUGGUUUCGUCUCGUCUCUUCUCACCUGUUUAUUUAUUCAUCUCAUGCUGUGUCCCCAACCCCCAGCCCUCUUUUUCCAUGCUUGUUCUUCCCACCAGCCUGCUUCUCUUUCCUCUAACAACUGAAUCGGUGGGAAAUUCUGCGCAUGGUUCACUUCCUGACACCAACACCUUCGUUGGAUAAAACUGGUUUAAAGUAACUCUGAACAUAAUACAUUCUUUUUUUUUUUAUUUAGGAUUAAUCUUCCUACUUAUAAAUGGCUUUUUCAUGAAUAUGCAAAUUAUAAAGACCUGGAUAACUGUGUUAUAAGUGGAAUAAAACACUUCUAGGCUUGUUGUUAUUGGAAAAUAAUCCACUUCGCAUAAUAUGGCCAUCAGUACAAGCACCAAAAUAGUAUGUACACAAUACACAAUAUGGACCAAAUGUAUUGGGACACAUGACUUUUCCAGCCACUCGUGGUUCUUCUCCAAAUUUUUACCACAAAGUUGGAGGCACACAAUUUCAUAGGAUGUUGCUAGAUGCAGUAGCAGGAAAUUUUCCCUUUACUUCAAAUAGGUGACCCCAAACCUGUUCCAGCAUUAUGAUGCUCCUGUGAACAAAGCCAGCUCCAUGAAGAUACGGGGUAGAAAAAAAAAAAAACAGCAGAGCCUUGACCUCAACCACUCUGAUGAGCUGUAAUAUCAACUGAACCUCAGUGUCUAAUCUCACUAAUGCUCUUGUAGCAGAAUGAUCACAACUCCACCACAGACAUGACCCAAAAAAUCGAAUAGAAAGCCUUCUCUGAAGAGUGGAACUCGUUACAACAGAAAACGAAGAACCAAAUUUGGAAUACGAUGUUCAACAUUCAACAUAUAGGUGUGAUAAUCACGUGUGCACGUAUUUUUGGCCUUUUCGCUUCUAUGAUCUUUAUAACACAAUAAUACAUUUUCCAUCGUAUCCGAGUAAUUUGUUUUAGUCACAAAAUGUAAACAAAUUAUCUGUUUGUAAGUUCAGAGCUACUUUAAAAUGAUUCUUCACAAAUAAUAAAACUAUAUAUAUUAUUCCCAUAAUGGCUUUGAGGUGAACAAUUAUAACCAACACCUGCUCAGUUUUAUUUAACAGUUCUAACAAGUGCUUUGAAUCUAUACAUUUUUUCUACACUGCAUUGUAAAUAUUAUAUACUGAGAUUAAUUUAUUCUUACACUAUUCAGUUUAUAUUUUUGACCUCUAUAUAACCUAUUCUAAUCCUCUCUAGUCCUAACAUUAAUUUUUGCAGUUAAUAAAUAUGUACAGCUUUACAAUUCUGCCAUUGUAUGAUUUCUGUGUUAACUGCGGAGAACAUUAUCUGGAUUACUUCUUCCUUAAUAAAACGUCUUUUAUUUGGUCAUUUA